AGCUGGUUCACUGUCUCUAGGACUUCACUUCUCUCUCUCUCUCUCAAUCUCUCUAAGAUGAUUUGCAUGAUUAAACAAUGAUUAGCUGGAAAAAGCCUUUUGAUUACUGUUUCUCUUUCUUGGGUUUUGUCUGCUUUCCUUAAAGCUCACCAAUUUCUAAAGUAUUACACAAAAGUGUAUUGAAAGUCUGCUGUUCUUUUGAUGGGUUAAAAGAGAGCGAGCAAACCCUGGCUGCUACAGAAGCUCUUAGUUCUGCCAAGUAUUUUGCCCCAGUAGCCCUGGUCGUGGUUCCUCUAACACGAAACCUGAAGCACUUCUUGAGCAAUACAUCUGCUCAGGUCCUUUCUUGAUUUCAAUAUUCAACAAUGAAGCGGUUCAGUUCCUCAGAUUCAUUUGCUGCUUUAGUCUCCAUCUCUUCUUCCAAAGAGGAGAAGACUCAAAAAUCAACACAAGAAUACACUAGAGAGUUUCAAGCAAUGUUAGAUAGCCUAGAGGAAGAAGGCCACUCUGAGGAAGCUAUUCAUGCUACUGAGAAGAAAAGAAGGUUAACCCUGGAGCAAGUUAAGGCCUUGGAGAAGAGUUUCGAGGUGGAAAACAAGCUUGAGCCAGAGAAAAAGCUGAAAUUAGCAGAAGAAUUAGGCCUCCAACAACGACAGGUAGCGAUUUGGUUCCAAAACCGCCGUGCACGUUGGAAGACUAAGCAACUAGAGAGAGAAUAUGUGGCCCUCAAGGCCAAUUAUGAAGCUUUAAAACUUAAUUACGAUAAUCUUGAACGACAAAACGAAUCUCUAACUCUGCAGAUAAAGGAAUUGAAGGCAAAGCUCAGGGAAGAAAAUGCAGAGAGCAGUCACUCUGUCAAAGAAGAGACCCCUGUUUCAGAGUCAGAGAACAACGUUUCAGUGCAUAGUCAGAGCCAUGAAUUCAGUGACAAUAACAAUUCCAGCCCAACAAUUAAAGACCAGAGCGAUUGUUUACCUUCACAUGCAUUGAUGAAUUGGAUUCAGUUAACUGAAUCAAGAACCAUUUUGGGUAAUGGGUUUCAAGUAUAUCAGCCCCAUGUUGUGAAAAUAGAAGAGCAAAAUCUGUUCAAUACAGAGGAAUCCUGCAAUUUCUUUUCAGUUGAUCAAGCUCCCACCCUGUACUGGCACUUUCCUGAGCAGUAAAAACUAGUUUAGGACUCAGAAAGCAAUAAAUUGGUGGAUUGGGACUUCAUUCUUGCUCUGGCAUUGCAGCAGAUGGGGAGAACUGUGAAGUUUACACAAUUUGCCUCUGCGUAAAUAAGAUAAUGUUCAUUAAGUCACUUUCUGUCAAGUAACAAUUCUAUAUUAAUCAGUGUUCUUUACUGUUUAUUUGAAUAUAAAGAAGCUUGUACUUUUUCUUGUAA